AUGGUUUCGAAGCGGAUCGGAGCCCUUUUGCUCGUCCUGGCGCUCUGCGAUCCUGUGAAAAAUGAAACAUUCCCGUCGCUGCUCACCACCAACGCCUCCAUAGCUGUAGUCGUCGACAGGAAGUUCCUCGUCGAAGACUACGAAGACGCCCGCAACGAAAUCGAAGAGUACCUCGUUUACGCCAAAAGGGAGAUUCUAAAGCACGGCGGCGUGAACGUUUAUCCCUAUUCUUGGACUUCUAUCAACGUUAGGAAAGAUUUGACGGCGAUUUUUUCCAUAACAAGCUGCUAUGACACCUGGAAACUCUUUCGAUUGACCCAAAAAGAAGAACUAGUGCACUUGGCCAUUACAGAAUCAGAUUGUCCACGAUUACCUUCCGACACUGCCAUAACGAUACCUCUGGUAGACAAAGGGCAAGAAUUGCCCCAAAUGCUUCUGGACCUUCGAAGCGAAGGUAUUUACAAUUGGAAGACUUUGGUGAUCAUUUACGAUGCUACGCUCGACGAAGACAUGGUUACUCGAGUAAUAAAAGCAGUUACGCAACGUAAAUACGGCGAUGUAAAAGCGACGGGAAUAACUCUAAUGAAACUGGAACCUAAUCUAUCCAGAACGGAGCUCAGGGAUUUCCUAUCGACCAUCAAUCCCAAAGUGUUGGGCAACAAUUACAUGUGCAUCGUCAGUUACCAUUUAGCUGGCAAUAUCAUGGAGUACGCGAAAACCCUCCAACUAACCAGCACCAUCAACCAAUGGAUGUACGUGAUAUCCGAUACGAACGACAAUUUCAAAGACAUCGAGGCCUUCGAAAGCCAAUUGAAAGAAGGAGAUAACAUCGCUUUUUUGUACAAUUCCACGUUCAAAUCCAGCAAUUGCAAAGAAGGGCGAAAGUGUCACAUCGAAGAACUCCUGCAGGCCUUCGCCAGGGCCUUGGAUCAGGCCAUUCAAGACGAAUACGAAACGGCGAAUCAAGUCUCCGAGGAGGAAUGGGAGGCCAUCCGGCCCACCAAACCCGAACGAAGAGAUUUCCUCCUAAAAAACAUGAACCAUUACCUGUUCAAAAACGGAGCGUGCGACAACUGCACGAAUUGGGCGAUGAAAACGGGCGAGACGUGGGGCGUGGAGUACGACACGUCGGACCAAAGGGCCGAGCCCAAGGUGGUACCGGUGGGUUCGUGGAGGCCCGGCGACGGUCCCGUCAUGACCGACGAGCUGUUCUUGCACACGGCGCACGGUUUUAGGGGCAAAUUGUUGCCCAUGAUUACGUUUCACAAUCCUCCUUGGCAAAUUUUGAAAUUCAACUCGUCGGGCGAGGUGAUCGAAUCCAGCGGUUUGAUUUUGGACAUCGUUAAAGAAUUAUCAAGAAAUUUAAAUUUUACGUUUCGAUUGGAAACCCUCAACAAAACGAGUUUUAAUUCGGGUACUUCGAACAGUACCUCUUUCGACGUCGACAGCGACUUUACCAAUCAAGUACCGAAAGCUCUGAUCGAUAUGAUCAAGAACAAAACGGUCGCUUUGGGCGCUUGCGCUGUUACUGUCACCGAAGAUUUGGAAAAAGUGGUGAAUUUUACAGUACCCAUCACCGUCCUCAGCUACACUUUCUUGGUGGCCAGGCCCAAAGAACUAAGCAGAGCUUUACUCUUUAUUUCUCCAUUUACAAUGGACACCUGGUUGUGCCUAGCCGCAGCUAUAGUUUCGAUGGGUCCUUUAUUAUAUUUCAUCCAUCGCCAUAGUCCUGUGUACGAAUACAAGGGAUACCCGAUGAAAGGCGGACUGGCCUCCAUACAGAAUUGCAUUUGGUACAUGUACGGAGCUCUCCUACAGCAAGGCGGAAUGCACCUUCCUUACGCGGACAGCGCCAGAAUCCUCGUAGGCGGCUGGUGGCUGGUCGUGUUGGUAAUGUCGACGACUUAUUGCGGAAACCUCGUAGCUUUUCUGACGUUCCCUAAGGUCGAUAUUCCCAUAACGACUUUGGACGAGCUCAUCGCUCACAAGGACACCGUCAGUUGGAGCUUCAGAGAAGGGAGUUUCCUCGAAAAAGAAUUGGCCAUUUCGAACGAGCCUCGAUACAAAACCAUUUUGGAGAGACGGCUGAAGCACACCUCUACAGAUAACGAAGGCCUUAUCAGGAGCAUGGUGGAAGGCAAACACGUUUACAUCGAUUGGAAACAGAAAUUGACCUUUAUUAUGAAACGGCAAUUUUUGAAAACCGACAGAUGCGAUUUCGUAUUGGGACUGGAAGAAUUUUUCGCUGAAAAACUAGCCCUAAUGAUAUCGCCCGAUUCGCCAUAUUUGCCGAAAAUAAACGACGAGAUAAAAAAAUUGCACCAAGUGGGCCUGAUCCAGAAAUGGCUGCAGGACUACCUGCCCAAGCGGGACAGGUGCUGGAAGAACAGGCAUUUGAUCGAGGUGAAAAACCACACGGUGAAUUUGGACGACAUGCAGGGCAGCUUCUUCGUUCUAUUCCUGGGCUUCGUUCUAUCGCUGGUGUGGUUGUUGCUCGAAAAAUUGUGGCACGGUCAAUUCUCCAAACGCAACAAACCCGCCAUACAACCGUUCAACCAUUAA